AAUCAAAGACAGACCUUUGUUCUUUCAAGUCCCAACAUUAUCUCUCUCACUGCCCCCCAUUAAUCUUAAUUCUCUCUCUCUCUCUCUCUCUCUCUCUCUCUCUCUCUCUCAUGAAGCAUGUAUCUGCAUAGUUUGGUCACAUCUAAGAGAGCUAGUGAUAUCUUGUCUAUCUAAUAUUUUAAUCUGAGGAGGAGCUUUAAAUACUUGAGCCUUGAUCAUUUGCCUUAACAUCUCCUUUUAGCUUUGGUGUUUUUGUUCAGUCUUCAACUUUUCACCUUUUUUGAUCAUCUCUCUCUCUUCAUAUAACCCUAGCUCACCUGUUCAUCUGAUCUUUGCAUCCCACCUUUUGCAAACAUGAGCAGCAAUCACCCCUACUCAUCCACUUACUUCAAUGGAUCCAGUUGGUUCAAUCUGAAUUACCCUAACCCUAACUAUCACUAUUUGUCUCCUCCCCCCCUUACGUAUUCAAGUUUCACUCACUACUAUGACUAUCAACCCUCAGUACCCUCACCACCAUCUCCACCCCUCAGGGAAGCUCUUCCUCUCCUGAGUUUAAGUCCAACAAGAAGACUAUCAAACCAAGAUAGUGAUUAUAGUACUACUAAUGAUGCAUCUUGUACAACCACCAUGGAAGUGGAUGAUCACAAGAACAAGAUUGCAGUUGCUACUGAUACUCUUGCUGUUGUUGAUGAUGCUGAUCAUGGUCAUGAUCAUGAUCAUGAGACUGUGACUGUAGCUCUUCAUCUGGGCCUACCAAGCCCAAGCUUUUCUGAAGCUGAUCUCAUCCCAAGGCUCUCAACAAAUUUAAACAACAAUAAUAUUGUUACAGAAGAAGCUAAUGAUCAUCUUAAACAAGUGGAGGAGGAAGAAGGUAGCAACAGCAAUGGGUAUCUUGCAAGUGCACUCAACAAAGGUCAGUAUUGGAUCCCUACUCCAGCUCAGAUUCUGAUUGGACCAACUCAGUUCUCCUGCCCUCUCUGCUUCAAAACCUUCAACAGAUACAAUAACAUGCAGAUGCAUAUGUGGGGGCAUGGAUCACAAUACAGGAGAGGCCCAGAAUCCCUAAGGGGAACACAACCAACAGCCAUGCUAAGGCUACCGUGCUACUGCUGUGCACCGGGGUGUCGAAACAACAUAGACCACCCGCGGGCUAAACCGCUCAAAGAUUUCAGAACCCUUCAGACACAUUACAAAAGGAAGCAUGGGAUCAAGCCGUUUAUGUGCCGAAAAUGUGGGAAGGCGUUUGCGGUUAGGGGCGAUUGGCGCACCCACGAAAAGAACUGUGGGAAACUUUGGUAUUGCAGCUGUGGAUCAGAUUUUAAACACAAGAGGUCUUUGAAAGAUCAUAUAAAGGCCUUUGGGAAUGGGCAUGCAGCUUAUGGGAUUGAUGAUUGUUGCUUUGAAUUAGAAGACGAAGAAGCUGCUUCUGAGAUUGAACAAGACAUUGAAUCAUCUCAUUGUGAUAAUUAAUCAAAAGUUGUCUCGAGAUUUACUGUUUUAAGUGAUUAUAUCAGAAUCACUUUUGACGGUCCCUCUUUGAUUUUCUUGCAUUAUCGGUUGCUUUUUUUGUUUCAACCUUUUCUUUUUUACUUGUUCUUGUUUAGUUUUUAUUUUUCUUUAUAUUUUCAUGAGACUUUAAUUUGAAUCAAGAUAUGUAUAUUCCAUCUCUUUCAAGUUAUAAUUCCCUUUUCUUC